AUGGAUCUCAAAAAUAGCAGCAAUCCCGAUUAUAUUGGGCCGUCUUCAUCUAGUUCAACAAGUCUUACUGCUGUACCUGCACCUAUUCGUAAGCGGCGUUUUAGCAGCGCUAAAAUUCAGCCUACAAGAGUAAAACGGGUAAUGCAAAGUGAUGAAGAAAUUGGACGAAUGGUGGCAUCUGUACCAGUCGCAAUUGGUCGAGCUAUGGAGCAUUUCGCAGAAAAAUUACUCGAAACAGCUGCGCAAUGUGUCUUAUAUUCCACAUCACGUACACUCUCCCCGUCACAUAUAAAACAGGCUGUAAUGCAAACUCCGCAUUUUAUGUUUUUGGAAUCGCUUAUGCGAGACAUACCAUCUCCAUCAACAGCUGGACCUGAAGUGCAUUGGAGAACUGAUUGGCCUGAACACCCAUCUUUUUCGGGUUUUCAUUCUUCAGGCCUUACAAAUGACCCCUCUUCUCAUCUUAGUAUGCCAGUUCCUGCGCAGCAGAUAAUCCUGCCUAAAUUGUCAUCGGGUGGAAAUUUGAUGGGCAUGAAGAGACGACAAAGUAAUGGUGAAGUAGACGGUGAAACUAAACCAAGAAGAGGUCGGCCACGAAAAGUUAAGAAAGAAGAGAAAUGUGUUGAUGACGACGGUUUGCUUAUGGAUGAGCAACCUAUCUGUCAUAUGUUAGAAACAAAGGCGCCCCCAAACGGGUCUUUGCUUACGGAUCGAGAACUGAUGCCUCCUCCAAGUGUAUUACCUAUGCGUGUUCAUCCAGCUAAUGCAUUCGCAAAUUGUAAACGAAAUAUGUCAUCAGUGAAUAUGUUAUCUUCGACAAAAUUGAAUUAUAAUAAUGGUGAACAACUUCAGUCAUUAAGAGAAGAAGGAAAGUUUACGCAGUUAUCAGGAACAGUUUCUGCUCCUUUGAAUUUACAGAUAUCUCUAGAUUCCGAAAGUGUGGCCGUAAUUACUGAUUCCAAAGUCGCCCAGUGA